AUGGACGAGGAGCUGUUGCUGCUGCAGCAGCAGUUCCAGGCGGCUCAGGAGGUGAAAGCAGCGACCAGGCUGUCGGAGAGGAAUGUGGUGGAGCUGGUGUCCAAGCUCACCGCCAUGGGGCUGCUGGGAGAUGACUUGCUGUACUCGCUCAAUGGGAAGGAGUACAUCACGCAGGAGCGACUGCAGCAGGAGGUGGAGGAGGAGGUGCGGCGACGUGGCAGAGUGUCAUUGGUGGACCUGGGCACGCUGCUGAACGUGGACCUCUUCUACUGUGAACGGGCGGCGAAGAACAUUCUGGAGAAUGCCAAGACACAGGAGCAGCCAUGGGUGCAACUGGUGCAGGGCGAGCUGAUCACGCAUGACUACUGGGACGGGGUGGCGGACGAGGUGGAUGCCGCCCUGCAGGAGAGCGGACAGGUGGCGGUCUCUGAUUUGGCGAUGCGCUUCAACGUGGGCGCGGAGCUCAUGGCUUCCAUUCUCUCAUCGCGCCUGGGAUCACGGAUCCACGGCACCAUGAGCGGCGGGCAGCUAUUCACCGGCGCGCACAUGGCUCGCAUGCGCGCUGCUGUGAGAGGGGCAGCCCGCGCUCUUACCGAGGCUGCUAAUAUGGCGGAUAUCUGGCCGUCUGUGGUGCGGGAGCUGGGGAGGGACUAUGGGAGGGAGUAUGGGGAUGGGACGGAGGUGAGGCGGGCAUGCAUGGAUGCUUCUGCUGCUGCUGCUGGUUCUGGUGGUGCUGCUGCCGCUGCUGCUGCAGGUGGUAGUGGUGUUGAUAUUGGUGAUGGCGCUGAUGCUGCUGCUGCUGCUGCUGCUGCUGCUGCUGCUGCUGCUGGUGGCAGUGGUAAAGCAGAUGCAGUGGGGGCAGCAGAAGUGACAGGAGGUGGUAGCAAGGAAGAAUCCGCAGGGGGGGCAGAAGCAGGAGGGACAGGCGGAGGGGGAGUUGGCGCAGGGGGAGGAGGGGGAGGAGGAGGCGCAGGGGGGAAGGCUGAAGCAGUGGGGGCGGCAGAGGCGGCGCUGUUUGCGCGGGUGUUUGGGGAGUGUGUGGCGGAGGGGGAGGUGCGGGGGAGCAGCAAGGGUGGUGGCACGGGGUGGGUGCCGGAGAUAUUCGCCCAGCUGCAGCGGCAGAGCGUCGAGGCAUUCUUCUCGCAGGUCAGUCAGGUCUUCUAUUGCUCGUCCCCUUGUCUUGUCAUAUGCUGGCGAGGGAGAGGGGGGGCAGCAGCAGCGGUGGGUGCCGGAGAUAUUCGCACAGCUGCAGCGGCAGAGCAACGCCUUCAUAACCUUAUCCGCAGUGUGUCAGCUGGGCAUCCCCCAGACAUGGCAGUACCUUUAGUCGCUGUUUCCCAACAAGAGCAGUACCUGGAGUCGCUGUUUCCUGACAAGAGCAGCGCGCCACUACUCCACUACACUUGCCCACCCUCUCCUCACUCAUACCAUUUCCAUGCCAUCUCCACCUCUCCAUUCACCCCUCCACGCCUUCAUAACUUUCUCCGCUGUGCUGUACGGCAGCUGGGCAUCCCCCACCCCCAGCCCCGGCAGUACCUCGAGUCUCUCUUCAUCAUUCCCCUUCACUCCCUCCCACUCCUCUUGGCCCAUCCCGUUUCCUCCCGGCCCUUUCACGAACCCCUCUACCCCUCAGAACGCCUUCAUAACGUUCUCCGCAGUGCGGCAGCUGGGCAUCCCCCAGCCACGGCAAACGCCUUCAUAACUUUCUCCGCUGUGCGGCAGCUGGGCAUCCCCCAGCCGCGGCAGUACCUGGAGUCGCUGUUUCCCGACAAGAGCAGCGCGUUGCUGCUGGACUCGACACUUGUCCACUCCUCAUUGGUGCAUCAGCUGGACGCUGCUGUGGAAGAGGCGAUUGCAGCAAAGUCAUGGUGCGAUGCAGCAACAGCCCUCCCCCCAGCGCGUUCUCCCUCUGACUGCGCCCACCUGCUGCAGCUCUGCCCCGUGCUGCUCAGAGAUUCAGUAUCCCGUCUCCUCCCCUCCACUCCCCCUUCCUCUCCUUGUCUCCGUCCCUCCAGGUGCGAUGCAGCAACAGCCCUCCCCCCAGCGCUCUCUCCCUCCGACUGUGCCCACUUGCUGCAGCUCUGCCCUGUGCUGCUCAGAGCACAGAAGGCUGCCGCCCUUGCUGCUGCCAGUACUGCUGCCAGCGGUGCUGGUGCUGCUGGAGAGGGGCAGGGGUUGGAUGGGGCAGAGGUGUAUGGCGAUACCUGCGUGGUCUCGUCCGCUCUGCUGCAGGUAUGCAUGUGUGUUUUUUGA